AUGUCCAGCUUGUCCAGCUUGUCCAACUCAUCCAAAUCGAUCGUUUUCUAUGACAUCGCCAUGCGUCCUCCCCGGGAGAAAACCUGCUGCGCCCCAAACCCCUGGAAAGCCCGACUGGCACUCAACUUCAAGGGCGUUCCCUACUCGACCUCCUGGGUCCCUUUGCCCGAUAUCGCAAAAGUGCGCCGCAGCCUCCAAGUACCAGCGUGUCGCAAAUUUGCCGAUGGCACCGACUUCUUUACCCUGCCGAUCAUCGAGGACCCCGCCACGGAUGCGUCGGUGGGCGACUCCUUCGAUAUCGCAGUCUACCUACAGAAGACGUAUCCAACCUCCGGCGCCGGUGACCUUUUCCCCCCUCAGACACUCGACUACACCUUCACGCAUCCGACGAUCCUGAUACCGCUCUCGGAGUGUCGCGACAAUGAAUUUCCCGAAUACGCCAAGUUCAAUAUGAACGUCGACGCCGCCUUUACCGCACAUACCCAGCUGGCGCUGCAAGGUUUCCCCUUCGAUCCCGCCACGGCCGAGACCAGUAAGGCAGAAUUCGUCCGACGUGCGGGUAUGACGUCCUGGGAGGACUUUGCGUUGGUGGGCGAGGCGCGACAGAAGGUGAUGGAUUCAUUCCGGGAAAUGCUGGGUGGUCUGGCCAAGCUCUUCGUAAGGGACCCGAGUGGGCCCUUUCUCCUCGGUACAAGGCCGAGCUAUGCAGACUUGAUCGUCGGUGGCUGGCUCCGGAUGAUGCGCGCGACCCUCCCACAAAGUGAAUGGGAGGAGGUGUCGAGUUGGCAUGACGGUCUGUUUGGGCGGUUACAUGAUGCGUUAGAGGUCUAUGCCGAGGUGAAAUAG